AUAACCACAAGGUGCACCUUUUUUAGCGCAGUGCGCGGUCUUCACAAACAUGCGGCUCUGCUCGUUAGCGUUAAUUUUGUGCGCGGGCCUCUCGGCGGCCCACGGGGCCCGCAUUUUGUGCCUUUUUGGCGUCUCCGGCAAAAGUCACAACAACUUCUUCUCGGCGUUGACCAGAGAAUUGGCGAACAGAGGCCACGACUUAACCGUCCUCACUUCAUACCCGACCAACAAAACAUCGGCAAACUACAAGGAAAUUGCGGUGGAUGUGAUGGACAAAGUUGGAGCAGUAUUUAGUCCCUUCACUCACACGGAGGAGAAUUUCUUCAGUCAGUUCGGCAGCAUAAUAAAAAUAUUUGUCCAGACUUGUCCUUACGUUCUGCAAACCCCGCAAGUGAAACCUCUUCUCAACGAGAAAUUCGACUUGGUCUUCAUAUCAAUGUUUUUCAACCAAUGCUUCCUUCCGUUUGGAUACCUAAAUGGAGCUCCAGUCAUUACGAUUAGUCCAGGUGGAUCGUUUGGCAUGGGAAUGGACAUGGAAAAUCCUGAGCCAACAUCAUACGUGCCAAGCAUCUUUCUGCCUUUUACUUCCAAAAUGACGUUCACUGAACGAGUUGCAAAUACCGUUAUAACACAGCUAAUUAGUGCUUUAGGAACCUAUUACCUAAAACCACACAUGCACCAAGCUGCUAAGGAAUUUUUCGGACCAAACAUUCCAACCAUUGAGGAAAUGGAGAAGAACAUCAGUCUUGUAAUUUACAAUAAUCACUUCAGUUUGAACAGUCCCCGGCCAUUGAACCCUGGAAUCAUUGAGGCCGGAGGGAUGCACAUUAAAGAAAAGAACGAGAAACUUUCAAAGGAUUUGCAAGAUUUCAUGGAUGGUGCUAAGGACGGAGUGAUUUAUUUCUCAAUGGGUUCCGUCGUCCAAGGCUCACAGAUGCCAAAAGACAAGUUGAAUGCUCUGCUGGGUGCAUUUUCCGAUCUGCCCCAACGUGUGAUUUUCAAAUGGGAAACGGACGAAAUGCCUGGCAGACCGAAAAAUGUCAAAAUUGGAAAGUGGCUUCCCCAACAAGCAAUUCUGGCACAUCCUAAUAUAAGACUCUUCAUCACUCACGGUGGGCUUCUCAGCACCCAAGAGGCUGCUUACCACGGAGUACCACUCGUUGGAAUCCCAUUUUUCGGUGACCAGCAGUUAAACGUAGCGAAGUCUGCGAGAAUGGGCUUUGCUGUGGGCUUGGAUUUCAACACGUUGAGCAAACAAUCCGUCCUCCAAGCAAUUAAAACUGUAGUCAAUAACCCUUCGUUUUUAAAAAAUGCCCAAGAUUUGAAGAGACGAGUGCGAGACCAGCCAGAUAAGCCGCUCGAUAGGGCCUUGUUCUGGACCGAAUACGUGUUGCGACACAAUGGCGCGCCCCAUUUGAGAACUGCGGCCACCGACAUGCGUUGGUGGCAAGUCCACCUUAUCGACGUUUACGGAGCAAUAUUCACAUUCAUCUUCGCGGUGCUCCUCUUCGAUUAUUACCUUAUCAAGUGGUGCUGCUGCAGGAGCAAAAACAAACCUGGUAAAGCAGGAACGUCUAAAUCAGCACAUAAGGGAAAGAAGAAAGCAGAGUGAUUCCUGUGAAAUUGUUUGUUUUGUACGGGAUCUUAAAAAUAAACUCGAUGUUUAGAAGCUCUUAAAUGUU